ACUUUAUUUAUUUUCAUCCGGGGAUUUGUAGUUAGAUGAUGCAAUAUGGCCGCCAAAAUUAGCAACAGCUGAUAUUAUGUUAUCAAAUUUGAAAACGGACUUUACAAAUAGAAAGUAUAAAAUGUUCCUAAUACCAAAACAACGACACCAUAUACGUUAAAGAAAGAUAGAAUGGAUGAAUUAAGUGCAUAUGACAAUGGAGACGUGGCAAUCGAACUGCCGGCGGCACUACCUCCAGAGAUUGAAGAAGGAAACAUUGAAUAUAAGCUAAAAUUAGUGAACCCCUCAGAAUCUCGUGUGGAGCACCUUGUCACUCAGAUGAAAUGGCGGCUAGAGGAGGGAGAAGGGGAGGCCAUUUAUGAGAUAGGGGUGGAGGACAAUGGCUUGUUGGUAGGACUCACAGAGGGAGAACUUUCAGCAUCUCUGAGUACACUCAACAGAAUGGCCAGCCGACUUGGAGCAACAACAACAAUUCUAAGGGAACGUCUUGUGGAAACUGAGGGAGCAGAGUGCCAAAGGAAAGCUCUAGAAAUCCUAGUUAGGAAGGUCCCAGAAAAUCAGGAGUUCAUAGAUCUGAAACUAGCAGUGCUAGGGAAUGUGGAUGCUGGUAAGUCCACAUUGCUUGGUGUCCUCACCCAGGGGGAACAAGACAAUGGGAGGGGGCGUGCCAGACUGAAUUUGUUCCGUCAUUUACAUGAGAUCCAGACUGGAAGGACUUCCUGUAUUAGCCAUGAAAUCCUGGGGUUUAACAGUCAGGGGGAGAUUGUGAACUACAGUGACUCCAAGACAGUGGAGGAGAUCUGUGAACAUUCCACCAAACUUAUUACACUAAUAGAUCUAGCUGGUCAUCAUAAGUACCUGAAAACCACUAUAUUCGGGUUGACAGGGUACUGUCCAGACUUUGCAAUGCUUGUUGUGUCUGCCAAUACUGGAAUGGCUGGCACCACAAGAGAGCACUUAGGAUUUGCCCUGGCUUUGGGAGUCCCGGUGUUUGUAGUGAUAACCAAGAUAGACAUGUGCAGGAGGUUCAUGAUUGAGAGAACUGUCUCACAGCUGGAGAAAAUACUCAAGUCACCAGGUUGUAAUCGGGUGCCAUUGCGAAUUAAAUCAGAGGACGAUGCCAUGACUGCAGCUGCUAACUUUAAUUCUGAGAGGAUAACACCAAUAUUUACAAUUUCCAGUGUAACUGGUAAAAAUAUGGAUCUAUUAACAAAGUUUCUAAAUGUUCUUCCAUCAAUGAAGAAUGUAAAAGAAAGGGAGAAACUAACACAAGACAAUACCGAAUUCCAGAUUGACACAAAGUUUACAGUACCUGGUGUAGACAGUGUCUUAGGGGGUCAUAUCAGUCGAGGGUCCAUAAAGGAGGGGGACAGUCUCCAUCUGGGUCCCUUGGAGGAUGGCAGCUUCAGGGAGGUGAAAGUUAAAACUGUCCACAGAAACCGAGUUCCCUGUCGUCUCAUUCAGGCUGGGCAGGCAGCCACGGUAGCUCUGACUGAAAACCAUCGUGAUAUUCUCAGGAGGGGGAUGGUGUUAUUAAGCCCAGAGUCCAGCUUUUCCAACUUUGUGUGUAGGACAUUUGAGGCCGAUAUUUACCUGCUUUAUCACACUCAUCAAAUCAGUAAAGGAUUUGAAACUACAGUACAUGUAGGAAAUGUCUGCCAGAUCUGUAAAGUGGAAAUAAUCAAAGACAAGGAGUCUGUAAAAACCAAUGAGAAGGCACAUGUAAUAUUCCGAUUCAUGAAGCAGCCAGAGUUCUUACGACCUGGGUCCAAACUCCUCUUCAGACAAGGUACAACCAAAGGGAUGGGAGAGGUCAUCAAGGUUCAUACACUGAAAGGAGAAGUCCAGCAUCGGUUUUAUUUGGGCACAGACCAGUGCGAUUUUGCAGCUGAAGAUGUAAUGGAUAUCGAGCAGAUGAGCGUUCCUCAGACCAGAGGCGUGGAAGGCAUCUGUCAAAACAGUCCUCAUCGAUGAAUAAAACUAGAUAGUUUUCCUCGGAUGUUCUUUUUGGAAUCAUGCAUGCUAAAUAGGACUUUUAUUUUUUGUUUAUUGAUUACUUCAUAUUAUUUUUUUCUUCCAGUUUACACUUGAAUAUUUGAUUUUUAAUCCACUCCAAAUUUAGGAUUGAAUCUAUAUGCAAUAUUUCAAAACCUAUGUUUCAUAGUACAUUUUUACAUCUAUCAUUGCUGCUGAAUUAGAAGAACCCACCUUACAUACCAUAUAAUGUCAUAACUGGAGACUGAACCAUUUUUAUUCUUCUGUAUUGCAAAUUUCAUGUGCAAUUCGUGUGGAACAUUUUUAAUCAUGUUACCCAAUUUUUAUAACAAUUAUGCUGAGAAUUAUUCUUUUUAUAUUGUAUUUUAACAAAAUUUUCAUUGCUUUACGUGAACAAAUGAUUUUAAAUGGCAUAGAAAUUCCUGACACAUGUCGUUGAGGUGCUCUUUUUAAAGAUUAUGCUUAACUUUGUAGUGUCAAUAUUUCAGCAAAAUAGCAAUUCAGCAUCUUUGAAAAAUAUUUGAUUCCUAAACUUUUUUUAUGCAUGUACAUGUACUUGCAGUAUUGGUUGUUUAGAUAUAGAGUGAUAUGUUGUUUGUAUGUUUAUUUCUUUGUGGUUUAGAUUAGUCUGAAUUAAUUAUAAUUUUUUUUCAUAUCUCCACUUAAAUGAGAAUACUGUUGCAGUUGAUUGUUAUGUUUAUUUGUUGCUGGUAAACUUUUCAAUAAAAAUCUGUUUUGAU